AUGAUGCAGAUGAUUGCAAAUGAGGCCAAUGGUUCCUUGGAGGACUUUGAAGAAGCUGCUUUCAAGCAACUCCAAGGCACGAAGGUCUUAAAGAGACCUGCUGCUGCUCCUGCUCAGCACAAAGCAGGUGCUGGCGUGCCUAGGGCUAAAGCCAAGCCACAGGCUGCUACCCAACUCAAAGACAAGCAGGGGAGCAAGAACAAUGAACAAGACAACGCAGAGCAAGGGCAGGCUGACUUGUUGGGGAUGCCUUCGGUGCAGAG